AUGGUCAACAGUUUGAUGCACGUAACCAAUGUUCGCCAAAUUUCGGUAUCCACGCCAAGAGCCCGUCCUGACAGUAGACCGGUGUUCGAAGGGUUCGAGCAAUGGAAGCGUCUGAUUCACCUGAUGUGUUGUUGUCCUUCUGCUCUUGGUCCACGAUCGGAUUUGUACAUAUCAUUCAUCAGAGUUCUAUUUUUCGAGUUGAAAGAGUGCCCCACUGAUUUUUUCGUCGACAUAGUAUCACGAGAUAAUUUUCUCACUACGACUCUAUCGAUGUUAUUUGCGAACAUUAGAGAUUCCGAUACUGCUUCAGCGGAGUUGAAAAAGAAGUCAAUGCAGUUCAAAACAUAUCUCACAAAGGAAUUCAAGUGGGACUUUGAAUGCGAGUAA